AUGGUGCUGGGAAUUCUGGCUCUGGCGACCGCGGUCCCUACCAUCAUCGGGGUAAACGAAGCCACCAAAGGCACGCAAGACCACGAGCAAAAGCGGCGCGACGCCAAUCGAAAGCAGAGGAGCCACCUCAUUUCCCUUUGUGAGCUGACAGCGGCUUCUGGGAGAGACAGAGAGCAAAUCCAUGGGGCGAAGGUCGUUCUUCGCGACGGGCUGAUGUAUCUGGAGAAAAACCCCAGAAAGGACUCCCAUCCGUUCACUGGCGUCUACCACCCCCAUCCCAUGUUCGCGCCCAGCAACAUGUCUGGCCUCGUAUCGACCGUCAGUCAAGACCCACCGCUGCUACGCUGGGUCUUUGUCGAUUCCAAGACCUUUGAGGUUAGAUACGGUGGCAAGGCUGAGUCCGAGGGGCAUAUUGUCGGGCCCUGGGAUUGGACAGACGACGAGAACAAUGUCACCUUGGAGGGAUGGGAAGGGUUCCUGGCAAUUUGGGUACCGCAUGAGAAGGCAUGGAAACUGUAUUUCGACAAGAAUGACGACGGCUGUGGGCUUCCGAGAGGAACCAAGGGCGGGCUUCCGAGAGGAACCAAGGGCGUGGAGAUCUCCCUUCGCCGCAUCCUGGCUGCAUCAUAGGGUACUGGAAUCAGUUUCGAUCGGCGUCCUGGAGGCGGCUGAAAGCAAUGCGGUCUCUCUGCUCUCAUGGAACAUGUACUCGGUGCAUGAUUGGCCUCUGCCCUGUCCGAUUGGCCAGUGAUACGGGGUUGACUAUUCUUCGGACAAAGGCACGAAUGAUAUGGCAGUGCG